AUGUUACCAAAAUACCUCCUUCUAGCCCUUCUCGUUGGAGUGGUGGCUCUCGCCACUCCCUCCGACGCUGGCUACCAGCCCCCGGAGAAGGAGCCACCAACUCCUAUCCAAAAACCUGUAGGCCCUAAAUUCCCGCCACCCGGACACAAACCACCAACUCUUGCCGACGCGGAGAAGCCUCCUAGUGGAGGUGGACACAAGCCUCCUAGUGGAGGAGGUGGACACAAGCCGCCGACUCUCUCCGAUGCCAAGGACGGCGACGGCCACAUCCCCGAGCCUAAGCCCAAACCGUAUGAGAAGCCACCGGUGCACGUGAAGCCGCCAGGACCUUACAAGCCACCUCACAAGCCACCAUCCACUGACUAG